AUGUCCAUAUUUAUGGAAGCAGCGAUGCUGCCUUCCCCCGAGGAAGGACGGGUUAGAAAAGGUCGGCCCCAAAAACCGCACACUCCGAUCGCCCAACGGUUGACCGUGACCGCCAGCGCAUUAUCCGAUACGGUCGAAAUACUUUUAAAACCAAAGAGCCCGGUGCUGCUCAAAAGGCACCUGCUGUGCGCAGCCGCAUCAGGAAUGAGACAGCAACUGAAUGUGCUGCGCCUACCUGAUGAGCCCCAAGAAAAGCGAAACCGGUCGUGGGCUGUCGAUGGAUUUUCACGAUUGAAACAUGAGGUGGCCUGGUACAGCACAUUCAGUUGCCUGAGAACAUCACAAACGAGAGAUUCAGCUGGGUUCCAGAACAUAAGGUUGACGGAAACCCGGGAACUGCGCCUACCUGAUGACCCCCAAGAAGGGCGAAACCGGUCGUGGAUUUUCAGCAACCUUAUGAGUAGUACAUUACAGAGGAGAUAA